AUGGAUUCUUCUCUCGCAUCAGCUUCUUCUUCUUCUUCUUCUCAGCCAAGGCAUACUUGGUUUUCUUUCCCUUUCAUGCUGCCAACCAUCAAAAACCUGCUAGCUUUGAUAAUCCGGAAGAGGCCAGUUCCCAAUGAAAAGCGACAAGAGUUUCUUCCCUUGCAAAACGAAGAGAAUGCAGAGUUUAGGAUCAGUCCUUUUCUAGCUACACUGGCUUUCAACCCAUACUUUGCUGCUAUGUUGGGAUGGUUUGUGGCACAAGUCACCAAAGUUUUCUUGAAUUUCUUUAAUGAGAGGAGAUGGGAUUUGAGACAUAUGUUUGCUUCUGAUGGAAUAAUUCCUGCUACCCAAUCGGCAUUAUGUGUUGCUCUUCCAACUUCUGUGGCUUUCUCUCGCGGUGUUUCUCAUUCGCUCUUUCCUGUUUCUUUGGGAUUUAGUCUCAUUGUCAUGUAUGAUACUCUUCGUCUUAGAACAAGAUAUGCUGCUGCUGUCUACCAGGCUGAGGUGGUUAAUACGCUUCCAGCUAUUGAAGAGAGGCAAGAACAAGAUCGUGUUGGUUACACGCUACUUCAAAAAUUCGUCGUUGCGAUGGUUGGUUGCACGAUAGCAAUCUUCUUCUUGAUCAAACUGUAUGUUGGAUAUUGA